CCCCAUAUGGCCACGCCUUCUGGACCCACAGUGUGUUUGUGACGAGCAUGUGCUUCCGUGGACCCAGCCCCACUCUGUUCAGAUUUCAGCAGUUUGCUCCUGAUGUCCUUUUCCUGCCCCGGGACCCCAUCCAGGACCCCACCUGGCAUUUGGUCCUCACGUCUCCUUAGGCCAACCCCGGGAGCGGACGUGUGGUUCCUGAACCUCGGCGCUCAGGACAGCUCGGCCUCGUGCACAGCUCUCUGGACAACGGGGCCCAGAGCUGAUGGCAGACAAUGUCAACCACUAACAACAUAGCCCAGGCCCGGAAGCUGGUGGAGCAGCUCCGCAUCGAAGCUGGCAUCGAGCGCAUCAAGGUGUCCAAAGCCUCGUCGGAACUCAUGAGCUACUGCGAGCAGCACGCCCGGAACGACCCCCUGCUGGUGGGAGUCCCCGCCUCCGAGAACCCCUUUAAGGACAAGAAGCCUUGUAUUAUUCUGUAGCCGUGUUUUCUGUGCGUCCCUCCCUCUGUCUCCCUCAGCUAGGGCACCACUCACUACGCAGUCAAGCAAAACAUCUCAAGUCCCAAACGUCCAGUUCCCAAAGAAAGGUGAACAGCCGCCACCAUGGAUGGGGAAAAAUGUGUCCUCCGGGUUUAGGUGGAUUUUCGAGCCCAACAGCAGCAUCCCCUCCGGGCCCGGCUGGAAGACGCUGGGGGCGCCGCACCGCUUCCCAUCAGGAAUGGCAGAAAUGCCCAAGUGAUGCGCUCACGGCUUCCGGAAGCUCUCGGCUGCCGUCGGGGUAGCGGGCCAGAGCCGGCCGGGCCGGGCCAAGGGAAGGCGGCGGGGGACGUGGCCGCUGCCCCGGGCGCCCGGGCGGGUGGCGAGCCUCGCACCGUUGGCCGUCUGGGAAGACUGGGGCCGGGCCCAUGCUGCCGUGCGUUUACUGUUUCUUCUCUCCUGAGCCGACUAGAACUGGGGGGUGCGGGGAGGGCCCAGCGGACCCUUUCGGAAACAUGUCUCCUCCUCGCUUAAGCCACCGUUACUCCACACGGCGGAGCCCAGAGCUCCGUGGCUGAGCGCACAGCUGCGCGUCCUGUGGAAUGCGCCCGCGGCUGGGAGGGGCCGGGAGGGGCCUCUGCCUGGGCAGCGCGGCCCGCGUGGCCACGUGUCGCCCUGCGGCGUGGCCCCUGCCCUUCCCCGGGAGCCCACCCCUGACGGAGGCGGGUUCCCAGCAGCCUGCCCUGCCCGCGGACACGGCCAGCUGGGUGCCGGCCUGGCGGGAGCGCGAGCGGCCGUGUGGGUGGUUCGGCGCUGUGGUCACACUGAGCUCUUCUGGGCGGUUGUGUGGCGUCUUGUUUUCCACUUUUGCGCGUCGCCGUGGCCGUUUUGCAAGCAGGAGUGCGGCCUGCCGAGGCCCCGGCCUCGCGGGUCAGAAGGCGUCAAGUUCCCGGAAGCAGCUGCGGGGCCCCCGCGGUGAGAGGCCUAAC